AUAAAAGGGUCACUUUGUUUGAUAUUAAGGAUAUAUAUCAUAAAUGCCUUGUGCUUUGGGUUUUAUUUCUGUCUUGUAAUUAAGCUAUUUCAACAUAUCUUUUCCUCUAUAUAUAGCUCACUUAUUGGGUUUCUAUAAAGGAAGCACAACAACACAUCUCCUCAUCAGCUUUCACCUCUUUCUCUUUCUUACUCUCUCUCUCUCUUUAAGCCUCCUUCUCAACAAAAGCCAAACACCCUUUAUGCAUUUCUGAACCAUUAUUAGAAAGAAAGGAAACUUUUAGCUGAAAAAAGUCGAGAAAUCAUCGUCAUCAUUAUUAACAUGGCUUUAGAAACUGUGGUGUAUAAUUCUCAAGACACAUUCAACUAUGUCUUCAAGGACUUCUAUUCCUCUAUGGUAUCUCCUAAUAAUACUAAUAAUCUUUGGUACGAAUUUUGCCUCCAAGAAGAAGAUGAAGAACGCAAAUCCCUUGUUGGGAUUUUCGAUAAUAAUCCUAUAAUGGACCAAACAAUUCAUGCAAAUUUAAACUACCACCACCAAUACUCUACCCCUCCUGCUAUUUUUCAUCAGAGCUUAACGGAGCAAUUAGAAUCCUCAAUCUCGUCUCCUGAAGUCAGCUGUCGACCACCUCAGCCUCCGAGUUCGACUCCUCCACCAGAACCACUACCACUUGAUCAAUCUCCUCCCUCGUCAUUCCCCUGCCAUCUUAUGGACCCCAUUGCUGACCCUCCGGCCACAGAAAACGGGCGCAGAAAACGACGCCGUACAAGAGGCAGCAAGAACAAAGAAGAGCUCGAAAUCCAGAGGAUGACCCACAUUGCUGUAGAGCGAAACCGCCGCAAACAGAUGAACGAGUACCUUGCUGUACUCCGAUCUUUAAUGCCCUCGUCUUAUGUUCAGAGGGGUGACCAAGCUUCAAUUAUUGGGGGAGCCAUUAAUUUCGUGAAGGAGCUAGAACAGUCGUUGCAGUCAAUGGAGGGCCACAAGGUCAGAACAAAAGUAGAGCACGACGAUCAUGAAGAUGAUAUCAGAAAUUGUGGAAGAUUUUCAUCUAAUAUUUCUCAUUCUUCAUCUUCUUUACCUUUACCUUUGACAUCUCCAUCUCCACCAUCGUCUUCCUCUUCAUCAACUUCCACUUCUCCUAGUCCUAAUUAUUCCCAAUCUUCUUCUCCAUUUGCCGACUUCUUCACUUUCCCACAAUACUCCACACGUGCGAACCACUACUACUUCAGCAACAACUCAUCUGAAAAUGGCCAAAGGGCUGCGGCGGACAUAGAAGUGACCAUGGUCGAUUGCCAUGCCAAUAUUAAAAUAUUGUCAAAGAAAAAGCCGAGACAGCUCUUAAAGAUGGUCGCAGGUCUCGGAGCACUUCGCCUCUCUGUUCUUCACCUUAAUGUCAUCACUGUUCAGCAAAUGGUACUCUACUCCUUUAGCGUCAAGGUUGAAGAAGGGUGCCAGAUGAAUACUGUGGAUCAAAUUGCAGCAUCCGUUAAUCAAAUGAUGCACAGAAUUAAUGCAGAGCUUGCUUUGAUCAUCUGAUUAUGGGAAACAUUUUAUUUUAUAUUUAAACUUUGUAAUUCAGCUUUAUCGGCCUCUGCCCUUUGUAAUGCAAUCCAUUUUCAUCGGCCCCUGCUUUUCUUCUUUGUCUUUUUCCUCUUUAAGUUUUACGGAUAAAUAGCAUUUGGUACCUGUAAUAUGUUGCCAAACUUAACUUUUAAUUUUAUCAAUUUUUGAUCAA